AAGAACGCUCACUCAUACCAUGGGUACAAAAAAGUUUUGGUGCAGAGCACGAAGAGGCAUCAUGUCGGACGAAAUCCGCGUGACGGUUGUCCGUGCGUCGCAUAUUGUGGGCAACGACGGCUUUGGCUCCAACAAGACGUCGGACCCGUUCGUGGAGCUGACGCUGCUCCGCAGCAACGAAGAAGUUAUCAAGACAUCCUCGACGUACAAGACGAGGGACGUGCAAAAGACAGUCAACCCCUUGUGGAACGAAUCGUUUGUGUUUGACAUUGACUUGCGCUCGGCCAACUACCUGUGUUGCACGCUGUACGACAAGAACUUUUUGAAAAAUGUCCCCCUCGGUCGCGCGCUCGUGGCUAUGGAUGACGUGCGCAGGUGUCUCGUCUCUGGGCGAGUGGAGCGGUCGUUUCCCAUCGUCAAAUUCGGGCCCGUGAAGCAUGCGACAGGGGAACUGUUCUUGGUGUUUGAACCGAAUGGGGGCAAGUCGAAUACACCUGCGAAUGCUGCGGGCGGGGGUGAUGUCGCCAUUGCGGUGGCGGCAGCUCCAGCCACAGGCCCCCCCAAUCUACUCCAUGUAACGGUCGAAAGCGCCACGGGGCUGCCAGCGAUGGACUCUGGCGGCACGAGCGAUCCCCUUGUGAUUGUCUCGUGCAACAAGACGAAGAUGUCCACGACGACCAAGUACAAGACGCUCAGUUGCAUGUGGAACGAAAGCUUCAAGUUGCCUGUUGACGAUCCGAGUCAGUUUGUCCAGUUUGUCGUUGAAGAUUUUGACACGGCGUUCAACGACUUUAUGGGCCAAGCUAAAGUGCCGUUGGAAUCGCUCCACGACGGCAAGCCACAGACGUUGACGUUGGAGCUCUUGGACAAGAAAUUCCGUCAAAAAAACAAGUUGGGCACGCUCACGGUCACAUUGCACUGGACGUUUACUGAGCACGUGUCGGCCGUCGUAGCAUCCAACAAGAAAAAGCGUGUGACGUUGCUUGAUAAGCUCUCGAAUGCGGUCACGGGGGUGCCAGAUGCGGGUGACGACGACGAAGAAGGCAUCGAUGCCGACGCAUUGGAGGCCCCGCCCGAGCAAACCAAGUCGCCAGAUGAGCUCAAGAAGGAGCAAGAACUCAAGGACAAGGCUCGUGACGAAGAACGCAAAGCCCUUGAAGACAUUCAAAUCCAAUCGGGCGAUUAUUCCGUCCAAGUGCACAUCAUUGAAGCGCGCGACUUGGUGCCAAAGGACGCCACGGGGACGUCUGACCCGGUCGUGUACGUGGAAGUGAUGGACCAAAAGCAAAACACAACGAUCAAGUCCAAGUCGCUGAGUGCCGUGUGGGACGAAGUGCUCAUUUACACGUUUCGCGAUUUGGACAAGGAAAAGGUCGAGAUGGGGCAAAUCAAGGUCACUGUCAUGGACGCGAAUACGCUGCAGCGCGCCGAGCUCAUUGGGGAAACGUCGUUCGACGUGUCGUUCAUUUACACCAAGAUGAACCACCAGAUUUGCACGACGUGGGUGGGGCUGUGUUCCCCGGGCACCGACGGCAUCCAGGGCUACGUUCGGCUGUCGAUUUCCAUCAUCGGUCCCGGCGACAAGUUUGUCGCGCCGCCACCGAUCGAUCCGAAAGACAACGGUUUGGCCAACGUGUUGAUGCCACCUAGUGUCAAGCAGGAAGUGUCGUUCUUGGUUAUGACCGUGCAUGUGGGCGAAGACCUACCCGCCAUGGACAGUGUGACAGUAUUGGGGCAAAAGCUAAAGCAAGGCAUCGAUGCAUACGUCGAAGCGUCCCUGGCCGGCAAUGCGUCCAUCCGCACCAGAGUCAAGUCGAAAAAAGGAGAACGAUAUCAGUUGUGUCCAGCGUUUAACGACGAGCUGUGGGUCGUCUUGCGCGAGCCUAGCUUGGCCAACAAGGUGACGAUCGCAGUUAAGGACUGGGAUCGCAUUGGCAGCGAUGAAGUUGUCGCCCAUUCGUACCAAUCGUUGCGGCUGAUCCGUAAAAUGUGCACCGCGUCGUCAACGGGGGCGUAUGGCCCCAUGUGGCUCAACUUGUACGGGGCCCCGCUGACGUUCACAUCCAGUGUCAUUCCCGGUGAGAACACCGCCAAGGGCGAAAUGAACUUGUUUCCGGACCUGGCGUCGUACUACCGGGGUCGCAUCUUGGUCACGUUUGACAUCCGUCCAAACGAACGACACUUGGACGAAGUGAACCAGCGAAUCAAGUCCACGCCGCUGCCAAGGACAUUGUUUCCCCCCACAGCUGCGUACAAGCUGCGCGCGUUUGUCGGCACCGGCACGGACAUUCCCCAAAUGUCAUCGCUGUCGGGGGCGGGCACGCGCAACUCGAAGAUGCAAAUCUUGAUCACGAUUGGGCUGUACGAGCUCGCGUUCGAGCGGAAGGAUAACGUCAAGGGCCUGGUCGUGUGGAACCAACUGCUCGAGUCCGACCUGUUGAUUCUACCGGCGGACGCGACUCAAAUUCCAGACAUCUUUGUCUACUUGUGCAAGGGCAAGGCUGAUGGCAAGGUGCAAGGACGAAAGCAGGUGUCGUACCGCCGAUACAAGGCCACAGAGUUACUCGAACAAGCCAUGGGCAAUGACCCGUCGUGGGUGUCGCUCAAAGAAGACCCAAGCGUCGACGCAUUGGGGGACGAUGUCUUUCCCGGUAACAUCUUGAUGAACCUUGGGUUCGGCACGGACGACACGGCGAGUCGGACGUUGGCCAAGUGGAAAAGCGUGGCCAAUGUCGACCGGUUGUCGCAGCGACACAAGUACCAAGUCCGUGUCAACGUGUUCCAAGGCCGGAAUUUACCGUCCAUGGACGACAACGGCCUCGCCGAUCCGUACAUCACGGUACGGUUCAACGGCGAGCAACAAAAGUUGGCCGUGAAGAAGAAGACGGUGAACCCGCUGUGGUACGAGACGGUCACGUUCGACGUGGACUUGCCGCCUGAGGACCUGCUGCAUUAUUCCCCCCAGGUGAUUCUUCGCGUGAUGGAUUGGGAUGCUGGUAUUGGCAGUUCGGCCCACGACUACAUUGGGUCGUCGUUCUUACCGAUUUUGGCGUCGGACGUGCGGACUAUCAACGAUGCGCGUCCAGACCCCGAGCCCAAGUGGCAUCCCCUCGUGCAGCAAGAGGAAGGGGACACGGACGGACAAAUUCUCGCGUCGAUCGUGGUGAUCAAAUUGGACCGCCCCGACGCGGUGCUGCCUCCCCCGCCGUCCAUUGUGCCGAAAACGCGCGUCGCAUACUUGGAAAUCAUCGUGUUGGGCCUUCGAGACUUAAAGCCAUACCAGUUUUUGCCCAUUCAGCUGCCGUACAUUGAAUUCAACCUGGGCAGUUCGGACCACGCAAACCAAGAAAUGAAAACGGAAAAGUCCAAGCGUCCGUCGGGGGCCAACCCCAACUACCUCCAGCGCAUUGUACGCGAAGUCGAGUUGCCAGAGGAUUCUUUGUUCGCUCCAAUGUUGAACAUUCUCGUCAAGGACACACGCCUCGGAGGGUGGUACACGCCGCUGAUAGGCAAUGCCUCGAUUAACAUGUCGACUAAGAUACCAUGGGGUAAAGGCUACAUCCCGCCGCAAUCGCUGGAUCUAGACAAUAUCGAGGAAAAGACGGCCGACGAAGACGACGGCGAAGUGUCGGAGGACGCAUCGUUGCUUCCGCGAACGUCCUUGAAGGCGAAAGACAUUGGCGCGGGGGUGUUUGGCGCGUUGGAGCUCAUGAAUGUGCAAGUGGACCUGAGCAACCCGUCGCUCUGGACGGACGAAGGCAUCCGGUCUACUCAGCUGUCGACGCAAUUAUCGGUCGACAGUGAUGCUGAUCAAGGAGGCGCCGACGAGUACGAAACCAAGCGGAAAAAGUACAUGAAGAACCGCGACGACUUGUCGGAAGAGCUAGAGGCCAGCGUGCUCAAGACAAAACCGUUCGAAACGUACAAGUUGACGACUGGCCAAAAGAAAAAGAAAAAGUCGCUACUGUCGCUGCUCAAGCUUGGGGGAGCUAAAACAUCCAAGUCCGCCCAAGCGCAAAACGGCAGCGGGUCAUUUCAUGUGGCCGGCGUGUUCAAGGGUUUGAUUCGUGUGAUGCUGAAAGAAAGCGACCCCCCGCUGGUCAAUUUAAGCAAACUGCUCCACCCGCAGCCGUAUAUUGUUCGCAUUUACGUCCUGAACGGCGAAGGGUUCCAGCCGAUGGACCCUGGCUUUGAUGGCAAGCCUGGCAAGUCUGACCCGUACCUGGUCCUUCAACUGGGCAAAACCAAAAUCAACGACCGUAAAAACUACUUGGACGACGUGGUGGACCCCGACUUUUACAAACUGUUUGAAAUCAACUGCGACUUUCCUGGCGCGUCCACGUUGACCUUGAGCGCGUACGAUUACGACUUGAUCGGUACCGACGACCUGAUUGGCUCGACCCAAGUGGAUUUGGAAGAUCGGUUCUUCGACAAGCAUUGGCAACUCCUCGGCGACGAGUACAAGUCCAGUGAACGAUGGGGCCCCAAACCAGUCGAACAACGCACGUUAUACGUGUCGACGUCUCGGGCUCCCAUGGGCCACUUGAAACUGUGGAUUGACAUUUUGACGCCCAAAGAAGGGGCUGUGUACCCUCCUGUGGACAUUGCGCUGCCCCCGCCCAUCACGUUUGAGCUUCGCGUGGUAGUUUGGAAGACCAAGGAAGUGCCGAGCUUUGACGAACUGACCGACAUGAACGAUUUGUUUGUGCGGUGUCAGCUGGAAGGGUCGGAUUACCAAGACACAGACAUCCACUGGCGGGCGAAAAAAGGCAAAGCCAGCUUCAACUGGCGCAUGAAGUUCCCCGUCACACUAGGCCACAAGCAGCACAACUCCAAAUUCCCAUACUUCAAAAUGCAAAUGUGGGACAAGGACGUGUUCUCGGCCAGCGACUGCAUCGCCGAGGGCAUCUUGGACAUGUCGCCGCACUUCAAAAAAGCGAGCAUGCUCAAAGCGCCGUUUCAAGUGUUCCAAGACACCAAGCCCAAGGUCAAGGAAACCUCGAAUGCCCAGCGCGACAACGCCGCGAUUCGAUCCAUCAAGGAAUCCACGGGGUUGUGGGACACGGACCCAACCGACUCGACGUGGAUCAAGAUGGAGCGGCUCAACCGCGAGACCAACGUGAAGGAACCCAUGGGCGCCGUGUGCAUCAGCAUGGAGCUCGUGCCUGUGGAAAAGGCCAAAAUUCAAGCCGUGGGUUUUGGAAGAAGCGACCCCAACAACACUCCGUUCUUGCCCCCGCCGGCGGGACGACUCAAGUUCAGUAUGAAUCCGUUCUACGUGUUCAACGAACUGCUGGGACCCGCGAUCUGCCGCAAGGUUAUGUGCUGCCUGUGCCUCGUGGCGAUCAUGGCGGCUAUGUACUUCCUCGGGCCGUUUAUGAACUUGUUGAUCGUGUUGGCCAAAUAACGUCAGUAUAUUAAUUAUUACACGUUUUGACUGUUCAUCGAGGACCAUAUUGGGAGAUGAGGGAAA